UUUGUGUUUUCUUUUUUUUCUCACAAUUUGUGUUUACCUAAUUGUCUUUAAUUAUUUUUAGAAUUUUUUGAUUGAUUGUUAAUUUUUUCUUCUUCUUGUCUUGUUAAGUUAUUCUCUUGGUCUUAAUUGUUCUUCUAAUCAUGUUGAUUCCUCGAUUAAUUUGUUCUAAAGGUCCCAAUGGAUUGUCAAUUCUAAGCCGAGGUCAAGUUGCUUUACCAAGAAUGGUUUUCGCUGCUUCUUCAACCUCCUCAUCAGCUGCUUUAAAAGCUUCUGAAAAUGAUUUUUUCAUCAAAAAUUCUAAAUUAAAUAGGCCAAUUUCACCUUACACAAUUUACCGAUUUCAAUUAACUUCCCUGUUAUCGAUUUCCCAUCGACUCAGCGGUGUUGGUUUAUCUGUGGGAAUCUAUGCAAUGGGCAUCAGUCAAUUAUUUGCUUCUACUCCAUUUGCUCAUCAAUUGGAAUCAUUAUCGGCCUCGGUUCCAUCGUCUUUAAUUGCUGCUUCUAAAAUUUUAAUUGCCACUGGAUUUGGUUUUCAUUUUGCUAAUGGAAUCCGUCAUCUUUUCUGGGAUAUGGGCUUUGGUUUUGGACUUAAGGAAUUGUACACUUCGGGUUACGCUGUCAUUGGAAUCACAGCUCUGAUAGCUCUUUAUGCUAUAAUUAAAAUGUAAUUUCUCAUCUUCUAAAUCUAAUUUAUCAGUUAAAUUAAGUGAAUCUAAUGUGUAUCAAAGUCUAUGUGGAGAAAGAAAAAGAUUUCAAAAGGUUAGAUUUUAAAUCCAACCUGAAUCUAGAUAAUCGAUUGUACCAAAAUAUUUCUCUUGGUCUUUCACCAGUUUAAAAGAAAAUUAAAAAACUGUAGAAAAGGUAAA